AUGCCGAAGGUCAAGAGCUAUUCUGCGCCUUGGCUGUCCAGCAAUGCUCCCGGCCACGGUCUUUUCGAGCCCAACCCCGAGACGAGCCGGUCGCGCACCGUCGAGACUGCAUAUGCAUCCAAGAAGAAGCCCGUCGCGGGCCCGCGCCGUACGAUUGCCCGUCGCGGCACCGAAGUCUUUGUUGCCGUUGGGCGCGAGAUCCGCUGGGGAGACCUGGCGUAUUUGAAGGAUGGCUGGGCGAACCGGCACGCAAAGGGAAAGACUGGACAGGGAACUCGCAUCAAGCGCGAGGAUUCUUCGCAUUCAGACGUGGAUGCUGCCCUGGAGUCGGCAGCUGGACUGAGGACCAUCAAAACCCCCGUGGCCGACGACAUUCGACAACUCAUCAUGUCUCCUAAUUCAAACUACCUUGCGAUUCUCACAACCCACACGGUGCAUAUCUGUGUUCUACCGGAUCCCUCGCAUUUGACGAGUGAGGACGGGGGCCCUCUCAAGCCGAAGAUGUUUACUUUGGGACCAACCACUCAUGUCACUUCUCGAUCUCCCAUCAUGUCCGCCAUGUGGCACCCGCUGGGAGUCAACGGCUCCUGCAUUGUCACCGUCACCGCCGAGGCCGUCGUGCGAGUCUGGGAACUCUCUUCCACCGACCGGUGGUCGUUCGAUUCGCCUACUACUUCGGUUGACCUGAAGAAGCUUGUAGAUGGCACGACGCUCGACCAAGAUUUCUCUGCGUCAACAUCAGCUACCAACAAGGCAUUCUCACCUGAUUCAUUCGAGAUGGAGGUUGCUGCAGCCAGCUUCGCUACCAAGGGCGCUGGCGGAUGGAACCCAAUGACUCUGUGGGUGGCCAUGCGAGAGGGCGACGUUUACGCACUAUGCCCACUGUUGCCUCAGAAAUGGGCGCCGCCGCCGACUUUGAUCCCGUCGCUCUCGGUGUCGAUUGUCACCACGGUUGCCAGCAUUGAGGACGACCCUGAGAUCGGAGAGCAGGAGAAACUGCUCGCCCAGCAGCAACUGGAAUGGAUGGGCGAGCUUGACUCCCAAGAGCCGCAGAUUGUUGACGGCCGCCUCGGAGACCCGAUCAUUGAGAUUUACACCCGACCAUCUCGCCCGGGUGUUAUUCCUCGCCUGCAAGGUCCUUUUGAGCUGCAGUCGGACCCUGACACUGGCGAUGAGUUGGACACCUCCAUCACUGACAUCAUGGUUAUUGGAAAGAAGACGGAAACCGAGGAGCUCAUGAUGGGCGAGGACGAAGAAGACCUAGAUAUGGACGAUGGCGACCAGGAAGGGCUGUCUCUUGCAGUAGUUUGCCUGCUUUCGACGAGCGGUCAAGUUCGUGUUUACUUGGACCUCGAGGGCGUGCAAGCUCAGUGGUUGCCACCCAAGAACAAAUCCAAGCUCGGCCGUCUCUUGGCAGAGUCUGAGCCCCCUUCCCUCCUCUCUUUCCAGGCCAUUGACACAAUGAGCCCGGUCGAGAUCAACGAGGAGAGUUGGCCCGUCUUCAGUGAGGACGUCAUGUCUCGCUACAGCUUCUUUGUAACCCACCAUGCCGCCAUUACCUUCCUCUCGCUCACGUCGUGGAUCUUCCGCCUCGAAAGCGAGCUUAAUGGAGACUCUGAGGCUGGCACGGACUUCAGAAUCGGACUCCUGGUCAACUCGCAGUCUUCGAGGGAUAGGAUCUACUCGCAACCAACUGCCGACGUUGCAGUUCCCUUGUCUGCGGCUAAUGUAAUCCGGGACCCUGACGUUGGAUACUUCCUUCUAUCAGCCACGCCUUACGAUCCGAUCGCCUUGACUUUCGAGACGCCUGAGGUUGAUCUUGCCCCCAUCCGACAGGAAAGCCCUGUCUAUGAACGAGAAGUUAGCAUGGCGCCCCUGGACUUCUACGAACCACGUCCAGUGUUCAACCCGUCUUAUGCGUUUGACGAGGGAUCGGCGUUGCCCACAUUACUAGAGCGCCUUCGCACAUCACGUCAUAAGACAGUGGUCAACCAGGAAGUGAGGCUGAGCCCGCUUACCCUCCAGAUCUUUACCGAUGCCCACAAGGUCUUGGCAGAUGAGACGCACCGGCUGGGGAUGGCUGCCGCGGAGGUGUUCCGUCGCUGCGAGCUGUUGCAGUCGGAACUGAAGCAACAGGUGAUGAAAGCCAACGAAGUCAAGGGUAAGAUCGACACUAUCAAUGGAGCGCAUCGGGAUGGGGAGGCUGACAACGCCAUGUACGAUCGUCGUAUUGUGACAGCGAGGGAGCGUCAAGGACAGCUUGCUCAACGCUUGGAAAACCUGCGGAAGAUCGUCGGCAAGGCGACCACUCGGGACUUGAGCGCCAAGGAACGGGCGUUUGUAGAGGAGGUGCGGACACUCGAGGCCAACGUAUCUGCGUCGGCAUCUGAAGAGCCGGCAUCAUCCAAGACACAGUCGAAGCAGCUCUGGAAACGACUGGCAGAUGUGAGGCGACUACAGGAGGAACUAGUGGCGGAGGUAGAGGCGCUGAAGAAGGCCGGAGAUGGGGAUCCUUCCCCUGCGCCAUCGGCCGAGAUGAGGAUCCCGCAGGACAUCAGGCGGGCGAAGCUGCAGCAGGUCCAAAGCUUACUCUCACGAGAGACGGCAUUGGUGGAGGCGGUAACGGCGAGACUGGAACGACUUCAGACCAAUUACUGA